AUGGUUAUAAGUAUGAAUGAUGAGGAGUCUGAAAUUUAUUAUCUAAAUAGAGUUAAAUUAUAAUAAGCCCUUAAAUAGAGUAAUAUAGCUGUCACUUAAGCAUAUUUAUCAUCUUAACUUUAGUAUUAAAUUUAUAAAUUAGGCAUUAGCUUUGCUUAUUAGAAUAGUAUUUUAAGCAAAUGGUCGUUACUAUGCAAUAAAAAAAUUCUUUAAUAUUGAAAAGCUUUCAGAUUCAGAUAGGUAUGAGGUUUUAAUGAAAAAUUAAAAAACUCUAUCUUAGUUUGAUAAUUAACCUGUAAAAUUUAUAGUCAUUGUUGCAUUUAAUGCAGUAGGCUUAGUUUGUAUGUAUUUUCAAUUUUUAAUAAUUAUAAUAAAAAAGUUGAGAUUACAAAUUAACAUUCAUUAAUUAGAAAUAUUUUUAUUCAUAGAAACAGAAUAAAUAUGUUUUUUAUUGGUUUUUUUAUACUCAAAAAGAUUAUAAUUUGUUUACGAAUAAAUAAUAUAUAUGGGAGUAGUAAAUAAUAAAUAUUAUAAAAAAAUUGAAAUAAUGUCAACAAGUGGUGAGUAUCCGCCUGUUAGAUAAUGUUUCAAUUAAUACUGCCCCAGUUCUUUUGAUUUAUAAGUAGCCAAAUUUUCUGAUUCAACAAUCUUAUUAUGCCAUACUUGCUAUGAACUUUAUAAGAGAAGAAAGUGUUGCUACUUUUGUGCUUAAGUGUAUAAAGAUGAUGAAUAAAAUUUCCUUGAUGGUAAAAAGUGGGUUUAAUGCGACAAUCAACGUUGUGGAAAAUGGGUAUAAUAAUUAUCAAGAUAUUAUUAGACGCACAUUGAUUGUGAAGUAUCUGACAUAGAAUCAUAAUUACAACAUAAAAGUUUCAAAUAUAAAUGUCCCUGGUGUAGGAUUGAGAAAGAUAAAAAGAAAAAAUCGUCACAGCUUACUAAAUCAUUCAUAAAUUAAGAUUAAGCAGAUUAAUCUGAUUAAGAUCCAGAAUAUGUACAUUCUUCUAUUAAAAAAACCUCUUUUGAAGAAACAAGUAUAUAAUAGGUCUAUGAACCAUGGUUGAAAAAAAAUACUUUCUUAGAAGAAUUAUUAAAAAAAAAUGGUUUCUAAUUAUUUUAUAAAUAGGAGAAUUUACUUAAUGUAUAAACUAAGAAGAACUGUAAAGCGAUCUGAGCAAAAUGAGGAUUUUACUAAAAAAAUGA